AUGCGGGUGAUAAUCGAAACCUCGUGGGAUGUUGUGACACUUUGCGGAUUUUUCUCGUUUGUCGUUUAUUUCCAAUAUGCGAUAUUUACGACAAUAUGGUAUACUUAUAUAACAAAGCUUUAUCCAUCAACCACGCUUGUCUUGUUCGGCGCAAUUGUGGCAGUGCACGGCAUCGGACAUUGUCUCGGAGCUUUCUAUUUGGCCAACUGGACGCGUCGAAAUUAUCGGACGAAAUAUCCGAUGACAUGCGGAUAUUGUCUUUUACUUUUCGGUGACAUUCUAUUCCUCUUUGCUGACUUCAUACCAACUUCGUUCGUCAUUGUCUAUUUUUUUAUUAUCAGAUUUAUUGGAGGAAUUGGAAUGGGAAUCACUUGCUGUCUUCGGACCACCAUAACAGCACAUUCAAAAAUUGAGGAUCGUGCAAAAGCAAUGUCGAUUUUCAUCGGCGGUCGAGCUCUCGGACUCGUAUCUGGACCAGGCCUUCAAUUGAUUUUCUUAUAUCUCGGGGAGAUCGGAUGGAAUGUCUAUCGCGAGUUCCAAGUGCAUUCGAACAAUGCUCCAGCAAUUAUUUCGAUCAUCCUCAAUCUCUCCGCAAUCGCUGCUCUUUUCCUAUUUUUCCACGAAGUCGAGAAUGGAUCAUUCUGUAGUCAACGGAGCAUGGAAGUCGUCGAGAAUUUCCCAACACCUGAUCGGAUCGCAAUGUUCGUUUGCAUGUUGACACGAUAUGCGCAGAACUUCACAUAUUUCUCGAUUGAAACGCUCGCCCCAGCUUUCAUUAUGAUGAUGUACAACGUAGGUCGCCAGAAUGCGGUCGGCUCAAUGUCGGUGGUCCUUUUCGUAUCCGGAGUUGUCUCAAUAUGCUUCUACCUCAUUUUCUCAUUGACCGAUGCUGCAACUCAGCUCAAUAUUAGAAAAUCGAACACAGUCGCACUUUUGGCAUUCAGCGCGUAUUUGCUUGCGACGUAUCAAUGGCAAUUUCUAGAAACUCAUGUGCCGAUUAUGACUGAAGGAAGCAUUGGCGGAUGCAAUCAGAGUAGAUAUAGUUGGUGCGAGGGACUGACAAAAACAUCACUAGAGAUAUUCUACAUUGGUUUUAUACUGACAUUUGGCGCAUCGGUUCCUUUCAUUAACGUAACUGAUGCUACACUUUAUUCAACCCUGUUCAAUCCAGUUGGACAGGCUGUUGAACAAAGUCUAUACGACGUUUCUCAAAUCAUCGCAAGAUGCGUUGCUCCAAUUGUUUCCAUGGUGGUUUACUCAUUUUUUGGUCCACGUCGUGUCUGGGAGCUUCUGUUGGUACAACUCGUCGUGGUUACCAGCUUCUGGAUUACAUUUGCUCAUCGAUUAGUUCCUCUUCGGCCAAAGCCUCGACCAAUCUUCUAUCUUGAAUAA